CGACAGAGGAAACCCGCGCCCUCCCUUGCACAGCAGCCUUGAUAAGUCCAAUAACUGCAACCUAAGUUACUACUUUGUUCAUGGAUCGCCCUCAUCAAUUACCUACGCUGUUAUCGACUUCCGUCCAAGUCUAAAACAUCACGGCAACAUUCUUUUACGCUGCCCCCAUUUCUUUCGCACUCCGAGCCAUCCAUACAACACGACACCAGCCGCUUCCAGUUGUACUGGCCCUAUGAAUGAAGCUCUUCGCCUCUCCACACUUAUUCCGAUUCAUUCUAGCCGGCUGACUGCCUCGGUUUCAGUACAGUCUCCGAAGAUGUACCCCACCGAUAUGCACAGUCUUCCUAUUGAGAUCUAUAGGAUGAUCGCGAAAAGUCUCUGCACCCACUGUUCUCGAACGGAAAAAGUCUACACGUUGUCCAAGAUUACCCUCUACAAUCUGUGUCUGGUAGACAAAAAAUGGCACCAAGCCGCGACCCCGAGUCUCUAUCACGCCUUCGAGACAAGCUAUGACACGAACUCCAUCCUCUUCGGCUCAAGCCAUGACAAGGCCUUCGAGUCAAGCCAGGACAAGACCUUCCUCGCCUUCCUACACACACUCAUUCAACAUCCGAACCUAGCCAUCCAUGUCAAGAGCCUCCGUCUGAGACCGACGUAUCGAGAAUGGUCCUGGGGGAACAUGAAAGCCUUGAGGAAUGACAUUAGAUUCAGGGCUCUUGCUCUAGGCUCACCCUUUUCAGAUCACCCGGAGUUAUUAGCCGACAGCAACUCAAAUUAUUUAAGCCGAGACUGUCGAGGUGUAUUGGAGGAAAUGCUUCUGCUUCAUACCCCAAACAUUGUGUCCAUCGACUUUGACUGGGGAGCGGUUGAGGUGGAUGUACAUAACAUCUUCAAGUACCUCAACACCGUCGCUCAUUGCUCUCAGAAGUGGCACGGCAUGAGGCGCCUCCGCCAUGUGAAGUUGGAUAUGAGAUUUCCUCGAAACACCCCCGAGUCGCAUAUGACCUAUCUCUCCAGACUUGCCACGGUUGCUCCGAGCGUGCAGCGUCUCCACACAAACUUGGUGAAUUCGCUUUUUCCAAACUGGCAAGAUAUGGAUGACGCGUCAUCCAACUACUGGGCUCCUGUUGCAGUCCAGCUGCAGAUUCCGACUCCUACUCACAUUGUGACCUUCCUCAGCAGCCUCAGGUCUAUAUACAUCGCCAACUUCACCGGUGACGUCUCCUUUGAAAGGACACUCGGAACGCACAUUGGCCACUGCAAGAGCGUUGAGGAGGUACGGUACGUCUCGAAAAGCCGGUAUGCUGCCUCGUUCGUGCAGUUGAUUAAGCCGCUGUCUCGCACUCUGAAGCGAUUCGGCCUCACUCAGUGUUAUCCCCGAGACAACGAAACUAUCUGGGAUGCUCCCCACGACGAUUCUGUGGCAGUGGUUAAGGCUAUUGCGGGCUUGACGUCGCUCGAGGCCCUCCGCUUCGACAUGGCCGGCUCAAUGUCCAUAUUUGGGCACCAGGAAUCGGAAUCGGCCAGUAUGUUAAUUCCGUUAAUUUGCGCCCUCCCCAAGUCUUUGCGCGUCUUGGCCAUUGGCGGUUGCAAGUGGGUUUGUCUCAAGCAGGGCCUCUCGCAACUCAUGGAUCGUGUCCAGGACGGCAUGCUUCCGAACUUCCGCACCCUCCACGUAACCUGUUGGAUUAGGACUCAUUACAAUCCCUUCAUCGAGGCAUUUGCCGACCUUGGUAUUGAAAUGGUGAUUCACAGCCAGAUGGAGCAUCCUCUCGGGCCGAAUGGUCUGUUCUCAGAAGGAUGGACGCAUAUGGUUGAAGGGCGAUUUUCAUAGGCUGAUGGUAUUUGCUGGGGGAUAAAGCUUCUUCGAGCUAGGGACUCCAGCUUGGUGAAGCUGAUCGUUGAUAUCCGUCGACAACAAUGGGUAUUUCGGACUUCCUUGAGUAUUUAAUAAAUUCCUUUUCCAAACCCAAGCUGGUGCUGUAAUAGUGGUCCAUGCCAUGUCUGUCAGGAAGACUGACUGGACUGGAUGGGAUGGUAAGGAGACAUGAGGUGUGGAUGUGGCUUGUGGAUGAUAGUAUGGCUUGUGGCUGACAAGAUGGCUUGUAACUAAUAAUGUGGCUUGAUCUCGAUGGCUACCUCAGCCACAAUACGGUUGUCGCUGUCUUACCUAAUUCAUCCAGUCCGGAGGGUUCUAUCCCGUCGAGC